CUGACUGUUCUGACCCGGUGCUGCACGAGCCAGGCAUGGGAAACAGCCUUUUUGCAAACUGCUGCAGGCAAGUCACCGAUCUCCUCUUCCAGCCACGCAGCUCUGGCUCACCCGAUGAGAGGUCGCCUCUCUUGCCAAAGUCUCCCACAAGCUGCAGUGUCGUCCCGGAGAUGCCAGAAGCUGCUCAAUGUGCUGGGCUGUAUCCAGACAUCAUCCCCAGUGAGGCGGUGACUGGAAGCCUGCAGAAGGGCACUGAAUACGUCCAAGACCUCUCUGAGACCAAGGACAAAGAAGGAAUGAUGACAGUUUGUGAUAAGAGCGGUUCGAGACCUGGCGUUGGCACGGUUGGCCUGCUCCAGCGGACAGAGGCAUCCCAUGCAGCGACUGUCCUUCCAGCCGACCUUGGGGACAGGCCGGCAGGGCUGGUUGAUCAUGCUCAGUCACUUGAGGCCUGCCAGAGCUGUGUGAAACUUGAGGACAGCGGCUUAGCCCACAGAUCCUGCCGCCGGGAGGAGCACGUGGCAGCAGCUGACGGCAGAGCGGGCCCUGGAGCGCAUUCCGCUGGCCAGGGGCGAGCGGCCGAGGGGCGAGCGGCCGGGCGCCUGCACACAGCCUGGGUGCCUCCGGACAGCGCGCUCGAGUGCAGAGCUCCUGCUCCCUCCCCAAGGAGCCCUGGGACACCCUCCUCUGCCCUGCCAGACAGUGCAGGCAAAGCCCUGCCAGCUCAAAGUGCAGUUGUGCUGCCUGUUCCCCCUGGUGAGGUGUCACCUAAGGCUCAGAACACAAGUGCUGCUUUUGUGACAGAGCCUACUGCCUGCCCCAGCAGAAGCUCAAGCUCCGAUGCUGAUUCCCAGGCCCCGGUUCUGCCCUCAAAGCAGCAGCAGCAGAAGAAGAAGAGGAAGAAAAAGAAGCUUCCUCUCCCAGAGCACCCGUCUGGCGUGGCACUGAUGAAUGGCAGCGGCCCGCAUGACAGCCUCAAGGGCGACAAGGAUGCCAAGCAGAAUGGCCACGAGGAGGCCGAGCCCGGAGAAGAUGGGAACGACCAGGAGGUCAUCGUCAUACAGGACACGGGAUUCACUGUCAAGAUCUGUGCACCAGGGAUAGAGCCCUUUUCCCUGCAGGUUUCUCCUCAAGAGAUGGUGCAAGAAAUCCAUCAAGUUUUGAUGGACAGGGAGGAUACCUGCCAUCGGACCUGCUUCUCCCUGCAGCUGGAUGGCAACGUCCUGGAUAACUUUGCUGAGCUGAAGACGAUUGAAGGACUGCAGGAGGGCUCACUGCUGAAAGUGGUGGAAGAGCCAUACACAGUGCGAGAAGCCAGGAUACACGUGCGCCACAUUCGGGACCUUCUGAAGAGUCUUGACCCAUCAGAUGCUUUCAAUGGUGUGGACUGUAACUCAUUGUCCUUCCUGAGUGUCUUCACUGAAGGAGACCUGGGAGACAGUGGAAAACGGAAGAAGAAAGGUACCGAAAUGGAACAAAUUGACUGCACCCCUCCUGAACAUAUCCUGCCAGGUAGCAAAGAGAGGCCCCUGUGUGCCCUUCAGCCCCAGAACAGAGACUGGAAGCCUUUGCAGUGCCUAAAAGUAUUGACGAUGAGUGGCUGGAACCCUCCGCCCGGGAACCGCAAGAUGCACGGGGACCUCAUGUAUCUGUACGUGAUCACUGUGGAGGAUCGGCACGUCAGCAUCACGGCCUCCACACGGGGAUUCUACUUGAAUCAGUCUACUGCAUACAACUUCAAUCCCAAACCUGCAAACCCUAGUUUUCUCAGUCAUUCCUUGGUGGAACUACUUAACCAGAUCAGCCCUACCUUCAAAAAAAACUUCUCUGCUCUGCAGAAGAAACGGGUUCAGAGACACCCCUUUGAGAGGAUAGCCACUCCUUUCCAAGUGUACAGCUGGACGGCCCCGCAGGCAGAGCAUGCCAUGGACUGUGUCCGGGCAGAGGACGCCUACACCUCCAGGCUGGGCUACGAGGAGCACAUACCUGGACAGACCAGAGACUGGAAUGAGGAGCUGCAGACCACACGGGAGCUGCCACGCAAGAACCUGCCUGAGAGGCUGCUGAGAGAACGAGCCAUUUUCAAGGUUCACAGUGACUUCACUGCAGCAGCAACGCGAGGUGCUAUGGCUGUCAUUGAUGGCAAUGUCAUGGCCAUCAACCCCAGCGAGGAGACCAAGAUGCAGAUGUUCAUCUGGAACAACAUUUUCUUCAGCCUGGGCUUUGACGUCCGUGACCACUACAAGGACUUUGGUGGAGACGUUGCUGCUUACGUGGCUCCCACCAAUGAUCUCAAUGGUGUGCGGACCUACAACGCUGUGGAUGUGGAAGGGCUGUACACGCUGGGGACUGUCGUGGUGGAUUACAGAGGUUACAGGGUGACAGCUCAGUCUAUUAUCCCUGGCAUCUUGGAGCGGGAGCAGGAACAGAGUGUCAUCUAUGGGUCAAUAGACUUUGGCAAGACAGUUGUGUCACACCCCAAGUACCUGGAGCUGCUGGAGAAGACCAGCAGGCCACUGAAGAUCCAGAAGCACAAAGUUCUCAACGACAAGAAUGAGGAGGUGGAGCUGUGCUCCUCAGUAGAGUGCAAAGGCAUUAUUGGCAACGAUGGGCGUCACUACAUCCUGGACCUGCUACGCACUUUCCCUCCAGAUCUAAAUUUCCUGCCUGUUGAAGGGGAGGAGAUGCCAGAGGAAUGUAAGAAAAUGGGGUUCCCCAAGCAGCACAGACACAAGCUUUGCUGUCUUCGUCAAGAGCUUGUUGAUGCCUUUGUAGAACACAGGUAUCUCUUAUUCAUGAAGCUGGCUGCACUGCAGCUGAUGCAGCAGAAAGCCAACAAGCAGGAGAGCUCAGCUGCGCUGGAAAAUGGAGCCUCUGCAGAGAAUGGCGCGGCAGACAGCGAGAGGCCUGAGUCAGAGGACGGGAAGAUGGAGGACAGCGUGAGUGGGCUGGAUCAGGUGAAGGAGCUCGCGGAGACCAUCGCGUCCGACGAUGGAACAGUGGAUCCCAAAAGCAGAGAAGUGAUUCGGAAUGCUUGCAAGGCUGUAGGCUCCAUUAGUGACACAUCAUUUGAUAUUCGGUUUAACCCAGAUAUUUUCUCACCAGGUGUUCGCUUCCCGGAGUCGAGCAGAGAGGAGGUGCAGGAUCAGAAGCAGCUGCUGAAGGAUGCUGCUGCGUUCCUGCUGUCCUGCCAGAUCCCAGGCUUGGUGAAGGACUGCCUGGAUCACACGGUGCUCCCCAUGGAUGGGGCGACCUUGGCUGAGGCCAUGCACCAGAGGGGCAUCAACAUGCGUUACCUGGGCAAGGUGAUCAACUUCAUCACCAAGACCCCCGGCCAUGCACAGCUGGAUCACAUCUUUAAAAUUGGAAUCAGUGAAUUGAUCACUCGAUCAGCCAAACACAUCUUCAAGACGUACCUCCAGGGUGUGGAGCUGUCAGGUUUAUCUGCUGCCAUCAGUCACUUCCUAAAUUGUUUUCUGAGCUCCUUCCCAAAUCCCAUUGCCCAUCUGCCAGCUGAUGAGCUGGUCUCCAAGAAGAGGAAUAAGAAACGGAAAAACAGGAACCUUGGCAAUGCUGAUAACACUGCUUGGGCAAGCAUGACCCCUCAGGAGCUAUGGAAGAAUAUUUGUUCAGAAGCAAAGAACUAUUUUGAUUUCAAUCUUGAAUGUGAGAAUGCUGACCAAGCAGCUGAAGUGUAUAAUCUACAGAAAAUCACCCUGCUCCGUGAAAUCUCCCUCAAAACUGGAGUCCAGAUCCUGCUGAAGGAGUACAACUUCGACAACAGGCACAAGCCCACUUUCACAGAAGAGGAUAUUCUUAACAUCUUCCCUGUAGUGAAGCAUGUAAACCCCAAAGCCUCCGAUGCUUUCCACUUCUUCCAGAGCGGGCAAGCAAAAGUUCAGCAAGGUUUCUUGAAGGAGGGCUGUGAGCUCAUCAAUGAAGCCUUAAACCUGUUCAACAAUGUGUAUGGUGCUAUGCAUGUAGAAAUCUGUGCCUGCCUGAGGCUGCUAGCUCGGCUCAACUAUAUCAUGGGAGAUUACUCAGAGGCCUUAAGCAAUCAGCAGAAAGCGGUGCUAAUGAGCGAGAGGGUCCUGGGCAUCGAACACCCCAACACCAUCCAAGAAUAUAUGCACCUGGCUCUGUACUGCUUUGCAAACAGCCAACUCUCAACAGCACUGAACCUGCUGUACCGUGCACGCUACCUCAUGCUGUUGGUAUUUGGGGAGGAUCACCCAGAAAUGGCACUCUUAGAUAACAACAUUGGCCUGGUGCUCCAUGGGGUCAUGGAGUAUGACCUGUCCCUGCGGUUCCUGGAGAACGCCUUGGCCAUCAGCUCCAAGUACCACGGCUCCAAGUCUCUGAAGGUUGCUCUGAGCCACCACCUGGUUGCCCGAGUGUACGAGAGCAAAGCAGAGUUCCGGUCGGCUCUGCAGCAUGAGAAGGAAGGCUACACCAUCUACAAGAAUCAGCUCGGUGAACACCAUGAAAAGACCAAAGAGAGCUCCGAGUACUUGAAAUACCUGACACAGCAAGCGGUCGCUCUGCAGCGCACAAUGAACGAGAUCUACAAGAACGGCUCCAAUGCCAACAUCAUGCCCCUGAAGUUCACAGCUCCCAGUAUGGCCAGUGUCUUGGAGCAGCUGAACAUUAUCAAUGGAAUUCUCUUCAUUCCACUAAGCCAAAAAGACUUGGAAAACCUUAAAGCCGAGGUGCAGCGACGCCAGCAGCUCCAGGAAAGCAUGAAAAGUGGGGAACAGCUGGAAGCAGAGGACAAAGCUGUGGAGGAGAAAGAGGCUGAGCCGAGCAUGCCUUCUGCUGCCAUCCCCUUAACACAGAGCUCUGCUUAACGUGUACCUCGCUUUAAAAAAAAAAGUUUAAACCACCCUUUUCUGAAUCUGGCCCAGGGCCUUAGCUGCCCUCGGAGCAGCUCCUCCUUUUUGACAAUGUUAUUGCACUGGUACAAUUAAUACACAAUGCAAAGAACUAAUCUGAGCAAUGUAAUCUGUGUGCCCAAGGCUGUGUCUGCCACGCGAGGGGAGGUGGCCGGAGGCAGCACAGACCCGUCCUGGCGCGCGGGGCCCUCCUGCCGUGUGUGUGUCCGUGUCGUGUGUGUGCGCAGCAGUUAUUUCUACUUUGUACAUAUCAAUUCCAAAUGAACUGUCUGGAGGAAUGUAACAUUUCUCAGGUCAUUUUUAUGUUGACUAAGGACACUGCUUUGCUAAACCAGUAAAGAACCAGCCCCAUCACUGCUCCACGUUCUUGUAAAACGUGGAUUCCAAGCCAAAAGAUUGAUUUCCCCCCAGUCACUAUUCAAGCUUGGGCUGAGAACAGCCAUAUUUGUGUCACUGAGAUGACUGAAGCCUGUGACAUGUGGAAGUGGGGGAUGUACAGCAUUUUCUACAUCAGGAUAUAGCCAUGGGAUCCCUUUAACCAUUUUUUUCUAUGUUUGGUUGGCAGUUUGGCAAUUCAGUGGGGUUUUGUAACAUUCACAUUCUAAUUUUCAAGGUAAAGAUAUAGAUAGAUAUAUAUAUAUAGAUAUAUAUAUAUAUAUAGAUAUAUAUUAUAUUCACCGUUCCACCUCUGCCUCUGCUUGCAGCUGAGUAACUUGGGAUACUGUAUCCAAAGAGUGAGGGCUUGAUCUUUAAAAAAGCGCACAAACUUCCAUUGCAGUGGAAACCCCAGUGCCUCGGUGAGGUGGCAAUGCAGCAAAUGAGGGCUGAGCUAAGGGGAGUGAGGAGGGUAUCACAGCCCUAUUUGAGGGCAGGGGAGAGGGCAGGAAAAUUCAGAAAUAGAGACCUGGUAUCAUUUGCAACAGCAGCUGUUGAUACAGAGCUGAGGGCCCUGAACCUGACAGAAUCACAACCAGAAAGUACCAGGUUUUGGGGAAGGGGUUUAAAUAAAACUGAAGUUCCCCCAGCACUGAAACCUCUGGCAAAUACCUUUGCCUCUGGCAUUUUUGCUCACUGGUUUUGGGACUGGCACUGGGAGCUGCCAUUGCUGGCAAUGGACGGUACUGAAUGGCAAGUGCCACUAAAGAGCUCCUCCUGUCCCCUCCCCUCCCACACACAUCCUGUGGGGUUGUCACUGUCCCCAAGCAGGUAAGAUGUGGCUGCUGCAGGCCCUGGGAUGCCGACAGAGUUGAAUGUCCCGUUUUCCAAGCAGAUCAAGCAGUAGAAGAAGGUUGGGCUGGCCGCAGCUGGUGCCCAGCCUCUCCCUGCCUCGCGUUGUCCUCGAGCGUGCCCCAUGCUAAUCCGUGCUGCUGCUCUUACUGACCCUUGGAGCCAAGUGCUGUCCCUGUGCUCUGUACCCUCGGUUUCCUGUCUGACCCUACAGGUAUCUGUAACUCGGGGCUGGCGGGGGGGAAAGGAGGGAGCAGCCUCUGAGGUGCUGGAGACAACAAAGCAGAGUCCUCACUGCAAAUGAACUUGCUCCUAUUAGAAAAAUUCUGAAUUUCCUGGAAAGCAAUCAAUAAAUGACUACAGUGCAUCUUUCCUACAAGAUUUUUCUUUUACUAGUGUCUUACAGUCCAUUAAAAGCUUUUUAAACUCUU